CUAAUAAAAAAUAAAAAAUAAAAAAAAGAAAAAAAAUGCACUCUCUUCCUUUCUAUCAAAACCUUCGACCAGAUUCUCGAGUUUUUGCGAUUCCAGCGAAGCACUUUCGUUGCACCGAUCACGAUUCACAACGCCGUGGGGCCUCACAAAUCGGAUCCAACCCUUCUCUCUCUCUCUCUCUCUCUCGGCGCCCUUCCCAAUGGCUUAUCCGCCAUGGCCCGCUCUCCUCUUCCUCCACUGCCUCUUCUUCACCACCUCUCUAUCUCUCCCUCUUCCUCUCGGACAUAAAGGCAUUGACCGUUGGAGAUGAGAUCAAGAACGACCCUCUGCCCUUACACAUGGGCCAGCGCAUUUAUGAGCUGCGGGGCCUCAGGGAAUCCGCUUGGUAUGAAGUGAAGAUUUCUUACCCGGUUUCUAUUCCUGCUAGAUUUUCUAUUCAAUUGAAGACUGGUGAAUCGGAGCUUUGGUUGCGCAAGAACCGGAGAUUGCUCAACACCGAGAAGCUAAUUUUCAAGGCCGACGGUCAUAGGCCGGUGUAUGUUAUUGUGACUGUGGAGGCCGAGGGGUUUGUGGCGAAGCCAAAUUUGAAGGAGAGGGAACUGGCGGUCUUUAAUAUUGGUCACAGAGGGAAAGGUGUAGUAAUAAUUGAAACUUAUCAUGAUGAGUUCUGGAAGAAGGCAGCAUGGAGCUUACAUUUAUUUCCGAAAGAUUUCUCUCUCUUCACCAAGUAUAUCAUGUAUUAGAUUUAGAAAGAAACUUCGCAGGUCUUGGUUACGAGUUAAUUUUAUCCAAUGUGGUUGCAAUAAUCAAGGCAGACUUCUUUUUUGAAUAAUAUAUGCAUAUGUGUGUGUAUGUGUGUUUAUUUCUGGCAAGAAGGAUGAGAUAUAUAUUGUAUAGUUUGCUAGUUUGCUGAACACUAUUGUCAAAUGUAACUAUCAUUGUUCUUUGUUGUUUUUUUUUCCAUUGUAGAAACAAUGUGAGGUUUGGCAUGAGUCUCUAGAAUGUUGAGCACAAAUAUAUUAUGAAGAUCAAUAGAUAUGGCCUUAAAAUUCAAACUCAAUCGAAUUUAUAAAUCAAAACAUCAAAACUCCAUUUCUUUUUAAACUAAUCAUAAAAGAAAAUAGCAAUUGUCAAGAUGAUAAGUAGAGGAACUUCUCGACAAUUCAUUACAUUUGUACAUAAUCACCAAAAGAAAAAUUGUUCAAUACUUAAUUCAUAGUAUGAAUGAAACUUUAGACAAAUUCCAAUCUAUUAAGGCUUGUGUGAGGACCUGCUAAGCAGAAAUAUCAUGGCAUUUUUAUUCUAGUAGGGGAAUGUAUAUCAAUAAUCAUCACCCCUUACAAGGACGUUGCCGUUGUCUGUUAAACCAUGUCUUAUUUAUACACCCAAUCCCGAUCUAAUGUGGUCGCUGACAGGGAAAUAAGCAUUCAGGACAUAAUAAAUCAUGUCAUCCAAUAAGAUUAAGGAAGGUGAGCAAGUAGCUUAUCUAGUUUCAUUUGAGCACAUUAUAAAGCUUGGGAAUAGAGGAUACUCGACCUAAGAUUCUUAAGAGACAGUCUGAUCCAGAUAGGUGUUCCACCAGCCAAAAGUAAGAAUCAAAACCAUCUGUAUAUGUGUAUGUUGGGCCUUGCCUGAAACAGUUCAGUUUAUGAAAUGUGAAAUGGAUCGAUACUACAUUUGUAUCAAGAGAUGCAAUAUUCGUUGAUAAAAUAUGAAGGGUAAGAUAUAUAAAGUACUCCAGAUGAAAUUACUGGUACACCUGAAGGCAAACAUAUGCCUGAUCCCCGACCUUAGAGACGUAAACUGGACUAAAUAAUACACUUCAGAUUUUUCCAACUAUUUGACAAAAAAUGGACCUAUAACUUAUAUGGGUGUUAAAUCCUUGAAUUCCUUGAGGGCACCAACUUUUGGAAGGUUGCCACCACACUGGAAUUCCAUAUUUCAAAAGAAGUUUCAUUGGAUUUACCUCCUAAAUAUGACUAAGGCCUGAAAAUAAAUAUUGUAGAAUAAUCAGAACAAAUUGUUUUGAUGAAAAUUACAUGGGUAGAUCAGUAGAUUAGGGAUUUAUGGAGCACAAAAACAUUAAUCUUUAAGAUACCUAUUAUCGUGUUAUCAGGAGAACCACUAUCUAUCUGUUAAUUGUGUUUGCAUCCCUUUAUGACCAAAGGAUCCAUCAAAUGGAUGAAAAAACUAUAUUUCCUAGUAGAGAGUAGGAUGAAGAAAGUUGUGUUGAAUCUGAAAGAUAUUUUUUAAAUAUGCAUCAAGGAAUACAGAGUGUGUAGAUUGCUGUAUUUUCUACACAUAAGCGAACAUCCAAAUGGUGGCAUGAGAAAUUUGAACAAGUAAUACUAUCUCAUGGAUUUCUAAUUUUUGAAUCCAAUAGGCUUCAUAUACAGUAGGGUUCUGAAUUGUGAAACUAUGAUUCUUUGUUUAUAUUAUAUAAUUUUGUAAAAUUGAAGCAAACACAAAGGGAUAUACCCGUAAGGAAUCCCAAUUCAUUUUAACAUGAAAGAUUCGGUUUACUGAUAAUCAAUUUGAAGAUUAACCUCUGAAAAUACGGGCAGCACAGAGAGGGCUAUUAAAAGAUAUAAAUCUCAAUUGUACCUUGAAAGAACCUAGUACCAAAAAAAUGAAAAUCAAUUUAGCACUACCAGAAGACUCUCAAAUUAUUGGAAUUUGAUAAACUUUAUGAUAUUCAAUCUGCCAAAUGUUUAUCUUAAUUGGAAGAUUAAUAGUAAUUCUUGUUAGUCUGACUAUCGUCACUUAAAUUCUUUAAUGAGAUACUCAGUGAAAAGGGACAGAACAAAAUAUGCUUUACUGGACUUGAAGGAUAAAGUAGGACAGAUGUGAACCAAGAUAAUGAUGAAACUAAAGAAAUCAACAGGUCAUGUAUUUGAAGCAAAACUUUCAUUUUUUCUAGAUGGUGGAGGAAAACCGAGGUGCUUUGACUGGAGAGCUAACUAAUUUGCAUAGUAGUCACAAAGUUUUAAUUUGCCAUUAUCUGCUAUGUCAGUUUAUUAAAACAACCAAGCUGCAGCAUCUAGGGUUGAUUGAACAGCAUGAUGUAAACCUUAAGAGACAUGCCUAAGGUUAAAAACUUAAAAUAGUUACAAACUAGCUCAUGUGGUCUUUAGAGUUAAUUGAGUCUGCACGAGUGCUGCUGAUACUUUUAUAAGUGAAUCGUAUAGGUUAGUAAUCAAUCUCGCCAAGGGUUAUGUUGCUAAAGUCAUAUUUCUUACAAUCUUCGGUGGCCAAAUAACUUCACUGAUUGAGAACCCUGUAAAGCUUGUUCUAUGAGUAAAAUUAAAUUGAUUGGGCAAUCAAGAACUGGACUUGAAAAUAUCCUUAUGGCCCAUCACAUAAAUGAAGCUAGGUGAACAAUAAUUGGAAGAAACAGAGAUGCUUCGUAAUUCAUAUUAGUUGGUAACUUAGCUGGGAAGGGUAUGGUAUUCCACAAAGCCUUUGAUUUUUUCAGGAUGUUCCAGCAAAGAUGUUCUCGAAUCACUUACAGGUGAAGCUGGUGCUGUCCGGUGAUGCUUUAGCCUUCACUGCUUGGUGUAUAUGUAAUUUCCAAUAAACAAGGUGUUCUUGAUUGAGUUCAAUGCAACUUGUUAACGAAGGAGAAAGUGAAAAUGGUACUAAUUGAGCGAGAGGAAACAAAAAGUCCAAAGUGAUGCAGAUGAAAUUCUAGAUAUAACAUAAUGUGGUUUUGGAAGAAAUGAGAAGGUAAACUAGUGCGUACAUUUCUACUGAGAGCAUGCGACACUGAUCAUAGGUGUCAUCACAAGAUGCUGUUGGCUCAAUUGGUUAUUUUGUGUUAUCAAAGCAGUAAAACAAUUUAUCACUUGUUUCUAUAUGAUUUAUAGGAAAAAAGGUGUGCCAAUGCAUGAGACUCUUACCGUUAUAGAGCCUGAGAAGGGUUAGAUAUACAUAGCCUUACCCCAUGCAAAAAGGCUGUUUCUGUGUUUUAAACCCACGACACUCAACUCACAGUAAAGCAAACUUACUGUCGCACCAAGGCCAACCCUCUUCUAUCAUUUAUAUACUGAACUCCUACUAAAUAUGUACUAUACUGGUAUUAUUUGGUGGA